AUGCCCUGGGCAGGGGAUUGUCCCAGCUGCCCCCCGUGGGUCCCUGAGCCCUGUGCCCUGUCCCAGCUGCAGAGGAGGAGGCUGCGCCGGGAGGCUCCGGGCAGGAAGCGGAAGCAGCCGAGCGGUUCGGACGAGCCGGACAGCAAAGCGGCCAAGACGGACGGGUCUGACAACUCCGACUCGGACAACGAGGAGGGGACGGAAGGAGAGUCGGGGGACAAGGAGGAGAAGGAGGGAUCCAGAGGGGAAGGGGAAGAUGAAGAAGGAAGAGACUCAGAGAAAGGAGGUCUGAGCAUCCAGGAGGAAAUCAGCCAAAUCAAACAGAAACUCCAGGUGGGGAAAAAAACCCAGGACCGGCAAAAGAAGCGGCACCGGGAUCGGAUGGUGGAGAGGAUCCAGUUCGUGUGCUCCCUGUGCAAGUACCGGACGUUCUACGACGACGAGAUGUCCUCCCACCUGGAGAGCAGAUUCCACAGGGAGCACUUCAAGUUCGUGGGAACCAAACUGCCCCAGCAGACGGCGGAGUUCCUGCAGCUCUUCCCUGGCAUUCCAGAGGUGGGCAUGGAGCACUUCCUGAAGAAGGUGGAGGCCGCUCACUGCGCCGCCUGCGACCUGUUCAUCCCCAUGCAGUUCGGGAGCAUCCAGAAGCACCUCAAAUCCCUGGAUCACAACCACAACCGCAGGGCCAUGAUGGAGCAAUCCAAGAAAUCCUCCCUGGUGGUCGCCCGGAGCAUCCUCAACAACAAACUCAUCAGCAAGAAGCUGGAGCGGUACCUGAAGGGGGAGAAUCCCUUCACGGAUGAUCCCGAGGAAAAGGAGGAGCACGAGGAAGGGGAAGGGGGAGCCGGCGGGAACGCGGAGGAGGGAGCGGAGGAGAACAAGGACGAGGAGCCGAGGAGGAGAACAAGGAUCCCGAGGAGAAUCCCAAAAAAGAAGGGGAGGGAGAGGAAACGGGGCCAGAGACAGAGCGGGAGCCCCGGGCACAGACAGAGCCCGGCGAGGCGGAGCUGAACUCCCCGAAUCC